AUGAUCAAAUACGGUGAGAGCUCAAGUGGCCCGGCAGUUUACCAAACAGAGGGUCAGAGACAAUGCAGCAACCUCAGUCUUCCCACCACCGAAGAUAGCAGCUACAGAAACUCCACAGAACUUCAGUUCCUCACUUUAAGACCUCCUCCUAACAACCAAAUCCUAAAGUUACGCAAUCCUCCCGAGGCCGAAGGCAAAGGGAAGCAACCCGUGAGAAAUUGGGACGUACCAAGGAGCGACACCGACGUCGAAUACCAGGGAAACAACUACAACCCCACUUCAAUAGAUAAGAGUGGUAGUACCGACGGUUUCUCGACAUCAAACAGUUGGUUUUCAAUGUUCAAAAGUCCCGUCGUCAGAGAGGCUGACCGGUUGUUCACUUGGAGAGUCAACUGUUGUAUUAUCCCCGUAGCCGGGUUUUCGUCACUUGCACAGGUUACAUGUUUGCCCUUUUUACUGGUAUACACUCUUGUAGACAAACCAGACGCCAGAAAGGCUUUCAAUACUUCUGUCGCUGGUACCAUCUUAGGGGGUGUGAUCUUGGUAGUCUUGGGAUUCAAGAGGGCUUUAUUCUGGUUAAAGAAGGUUGAUAAACAAGAAGGUGCAACCAAGUCCAGAUGGGAGAUAUUUAUGGUUUUGAAUUCUCUUAUUAGUUUUGUAUGGUUGUGGUGCCUGUAUUUCCUCCUUGGGCUCAGAACUACGGCAGAGAAGGCGAUUAGCAGGAGCGAUAUCAACCAUCUCGACCCCGAACAGAUCAUGAAACCCUGA